AUGAGUCGAGAUCUAGGUCGGAGUCUGAUUCAGGGUCUGGGUUGGGAUCUGAGUCUUGUAACUGGGUCAUUCUUGACAUCAAUUCUUCUAAGAUCGGGGUUGGGGUUAAGGCUUGGUUCUGUAUCUUCAAAAACUGGGUCAUCUGGGUCGCCAAUUCCUCAAGGUCUGGGUGGUAGAGGAAUUGGUGGUGCUACCUCCAUGGGCGAUGAUUGGAUCUUGAUCCCCCAUGGCAACGUUAACGUGUGGUUGGCUAGGGUUUAG